AUGGAACCCAAGCAAGACAAUCAGAGUGAAGAGUCGGAGCAAGAGGACGGCGGAGUCAAGCUUGGGGUUGAGCAUGUUAACCUUCCAAACCUAUCAGUCCAGACCGAAGUCACUGCAAUCAACGAUACCGACGCUUCUACCGGUGCCUCACCCACCAAGCAGGCAGACGAAUUGACGCCUGAAGGGCCCACGCCAGCCCUCCAUUCAACUCCACAAUCAUCCCCACAGACCGAUCAAGCUACCCCGCUUCUCACAGCUCCCAUAGCCAUCUUCGAACAACAGCACGGUCGCAACGGCGGAUUCCACUUCCUCGGCUACCACACUCUUGCUCGCCUCGACUUCCUCGCUCCCCACAGCGAACCUCUAAUGCGAAUGCUCGAACAGAAGUUCUCACACAAGGACAGAUUUGGCAACGUCAAGCAGAAGCAGCGCCAUGCCACCGCCUGGCGCACCAGCCUCGGCCAACCCUGGGCCGUCUUGAACUUCACGCUCGAUCCUAUCGCUAACGCCGAGCUGCCCGCUCCCGUGAUCAAGUGCCUCGAG